ACAGUCCGAUUUGGGCAAYGGCAUUACUCAGAUAUGUUUAAUGACAAUAAYUGAUCAUGCUAGCUAGUAGUAGGUAACAGUCAAUGAACUGGUUGAAGAAUUGGCUAAUUAGCUACCUAGCUAGUUAGAUAGCCCGCGGCUGGCUAAGRUUAGCUAAAACUAGAAGAGCCGUUCAUAGCAGGGAGAGAAGAGGCAUAGGAUUGCAGAAUAUUAAAAGGAGGUAACUCCACUCCACUUCAUCUCCAUGGAUCUCUCCCUUUCACCCUCUGUUUCUGACACUGUCUGUGUGCUCUGGGGCUGUGAACUGAAUGAUACCCAGAGAAAGGCAGUGUUUGAAAUAGCGGAGGAUUUGUUGGAGCAUCARUUCUUUAUCCGAACGAUGUGUCUGAGUGCAGAGGCCAGUAAGGAGAUGCAUGUAGUGGAGGUACAGGACAGAGUUGGGGAAUACAGCAAGCCAGUGCCCAUUGCCACUCUUCACCCUAUGUGCCAACCUAUGGUCAGUUUCAGUGGGUUUGAGCUCAUGCCACCUGUCAUCUUCAACCUUCGGUCUGGGCAGGGCCCCCUCUUCAUUUCUGGACAGCAUUUGACAUUGGUCUAUGAGGAGGAGGAGGAGGAGAAGGGGGUCUUCUCAUCAACACCCCCACUUGAUCACAGUGGUCUUCAAUAACAUGAUCAAAUUUGAAGGACUUCAAUAAAACACAGCACAAAAAGUA